AUGCCAAUUUAAACCCGGAUUUUUCGGCGUAUCCCAAUUUUUUAAUAUUCGAAAACACAAUCAGCAGAUCAUAUAAUAAGAGGAAGAUCCAAAUAAAGAAUAAAUUAAAAGUAAAAGGCGGACUUUAUAAGAGAUAUCGAAAGAUUGCAUAUCAGAUUCUUUGAAUCAAGAUCAGUUGGCAAUUUAGAAAAGAUAAAAUAAACAAAUGUCAGUGAGAUAACUGAGACAUAAAAAUAAAGCUAAGCCAACAAAUCAAGUGCAACUCAACUUUAGCCAAAUAUUGUCGAAAAUUUAGCACUACUAAAGGAAGAGACUUAGAAACUGCAUUAAUAGAAAUUUCUUUAAAAAGAGGAGAGAGCAAAAUUACUCGAGUCCUCAUAAUAUUAGUUAUUGAUGAAAUAAUUAGAAAAGGCGCUUUUUCAUAAAAAGAAAAUAUAAUUUUUGUGGGAAGGUGUAGAUUUAGAAUACCUUAGUGAAAUUUUUACCGAAGUCAGAUAAGUAUUCGAAGCCAACAAAAUCAAUAGAGAGGAGGGGAUUUUGUUCCAAGAUAAGUACUUGAAUUUGCUUUAGUCAAUUGAGGAGUCUAAUUCCUAAUCUAAAAUUGAGAAAUUUUUCGCAAAAAAUCAGGUCAUGAUUCAGUAAAAGAAGAAUCAAAAGAAAAGCUCUGCAAAAAGCAAAAAAUUAGCAAAGAGAGAUAAGCAAGAUGCAAAUGCAUCUAAACUGCUAUUUAUUGUAGGAAAUACUCUAUUGAUACGAGAUUACAUAUUGAAUGAGCUUAAGUCCAAUCAUAAUUUGAUUAUUCAAAGAAUCUCUAUGACUUAGAAGAGAAACGCCCAAACUUUCAAAUACUCUAUCUUUGAAGGUACUUAAUCUACUGUUUAGUAUCAGUAAAAUGGUACCAAUUCUAAUAGUAUCUUUGAUGCAUUUUUUGGAAAGUUUAACUCCUAAAAUAUUGCCAAGACUUAGUAAUCACUGAACCAACCAUUGAAUAAUAGUUCACUUUCACAGCAGGGAGGAACUCAAUAAUAGUUUUCUUAAAAGAUCCUAUUUUUUGAGGACAUUGAUGUAGCUUUCUAUGAUGAGUCUGAAUUUUUCACACAGCUACAUAAAAUCAUGUAAAUUACUAAAGUCCCUAUCAUUAUGACAGCAAGUAACAUGGAUUUAGUAAAGAAUCUUUUCUUGUCAAAUCUGAAAGACUAAGAUAUUACAUACGAUUUAGUGAAGUAUAAAUACUGCCGACCUCGAGGAAAAGAAUAUGUCUGUUAUUUAAAGCUUAUUCAAAUCUUCGAAUAUUUUGUUAACCAGACUCUUGAUUAAAACAUUCAGGAGAUGAAUGAUGAUCGUAUUAAAAAAUUAGUUGAGAGCUUUAAAAUGACCUAAUUAGAAAAAAUAAAUGAUAAUGUGACCCAAUUAUUUAUUAAUCAUAAAAGAGAUAUCUCCUAGUUAUUAAAUGAGCUAUAACUAAAUUUGCACGUCUCAAAAGAUAAAAAACUUACUACUGAUAUUUCUAAAUAAAUUCCAUCUAAAAUUAAAAAAAGCGAGCAUAAGUAGUAAGAGGAAAUAGACAUUGAAAGUUAUGCAACUUUAAUGGACAUGACUAGCUUCGAUCUUAUUAUAAAUGACAGAAUAGUAUGA